CGCCCAGCGUGCAGAGGUGGACGUGCAUCUGACGUAGAUAAUAACGCUAAAUAUCUGCGUAUCUGCUGUUCUGUGUGGGAAUUACUGAUCUAAUCAGAUUCAUCGUUCGUUGUGUAUCGUUCUACAGUUUGCAGCAGCCUCAACACCGUUUCUAUGCGUUUAAACCCAGGUGGCUGCCGUCUGUGCCUUGGUUUAGGCUUGGCUUGGCUGCGUCUGAUCUGUGGUGUUCAUUGAUGUUCUUAUCUCCUGAUCUCCUGCUCUAGGCUCGAGGCGUUCAGGUGACCAGCUGCUUUAUUUUUUCACUCUCUUUGUCCGGCUUUUAUGACAAAGUGGCCAAGUUCAUUUGACUGUUGCACUAAUCACCAGUGGUCACAAAAGAAAGGACUGUAUUUGGAGUCCAGGUCCAGAUCUGAUCUCCGACGAUGACCGCAGGCUCCAUUGUGGCCCCAUUCAUCAUUCCUAUUCGUGUGCCUCCUCCUGGGAAAGCCAAGCAUGAGAUAGACACCAACACGCCUGUUGAGAUCAAAUCAGACACACCUGAUGUGACGAUCUUCUACACGCUGGACGGCAGUAAGCCAGAGGUGCUGAGAAGGCCAGGGUUUGGGAACGACACCCUGACCUACAGCGAGCCCAUUCGAUUACCCAGUGGCAAAGUGUCAGUGAGAGCAGUGGCGGUCACCAGCGAUGGCCGUCAGAGUGCGGUGGUCACUAAAGUCUUCCUCGUGGAGCUUAUUCCCUCUGAGCUGCAAGAACAUUCAGAGGAAAACCAGGAUGAGCUGGAUUAUGCCCUCAAGAACACAGGGCUGUGUGACUCCAAACGCGAGAGCAGUGCCUUUCUGAGUGGUGGUGGAGAUGCGUCUGGGAAACAUUUAGAUAUCUCCCACACUGGACCCCGGCGUGCUCGAAAAGGCCCUCGCUUUCUGGCCCAGCGCUUACACACCGCACCUGCAGCCCUGCCUUCGAAACACACACAGAGUCCAUCCACUGUGGAGAGCGUGUUCAAAAGCCUGACCAGUACACAGACGUCUCGCAUCCAGAGAGAAACAGAUUUCCUAAGGUGCUCUAAGUGUUUGAGUCAUCGCCCCUCAGACCCCUUCGCCCGGUUCUGCCUGCAUUGUGGAGCUCCGGUACCUCCCAUCCCAGGACAAAGGCUGCCUCCUACUGAGGGGGGACAGAUGGUCCUGUGUGUGCAGUGCAAAAGCAGGGUCCCAGCAAACACGUCCUCAUGUGUGGUGUGUGAAGCGCCACUGGCUCCACAGCUCCAACCACAGGCCAGCCUGAGGCUUAAGGACAAAGUGGUCUGCCACUCAUGUGGAACAGGAAAUCCCGCCCACAUCACCCACUGUGUGACUUGUGAGACCAGACUACCUCAGGCUGACAGCGUAAGACCUGUUUUGAGUGGUCAGCGAGCUCCUCCUCUGCCCUGCUCGGAGGGAAAGAUGGUGUCCUGCUCUAAAUGUAAUAGAGUGAAUCACUCGGAUGCUCGAUUCUGUGACUGGUGUGGAGCCAAGCCUGGUCAUGCGGUCAGUUCUCUGACCUGUUCUCAAUGUGGAGCGAGCAGCCACCCUUACUCUAAUUACUGUGGAACCUGUGGUGUGUUUCUGGAGGGUCCACCCCGAUUGUCCACCCGCACCAACCAUUUGCAUCCACCAGAGGGCGCCAGAGUCUGGCAUCCACCAGAGUCUGAACAGGCUUCAUCACUAAGCGCUAUCUGGCAGCCAGUAUCUACCAGUGCCCCAUCCUCUGGAGUGGAUGUGUCACCAGUGAGCCCAGCCAUGCGUGUGGAUGCACAAACACAGACCACAGGCCUCUUCUACCCCUCCAGCACAGAGCUGCAGAGGCGGGGCCAGCAGAGGGAGGUGGAGCUUAGCAGGCAGGAGAAGAUGAGUGACAGGAAGCCUCUCCUCACAGCCAUUAGCCCAGGACGAGGCUUCUGGAGGAAGCAGCUGGAUCACAUCUGUGCUCACCUGCGCAGCUACACGCAGAACAACAGUGAGUUCAGAGCCCUGAUAGGAGAACCCAGGAUGGGAAGGCUGAUUUCUGCGGUCAUUGAGGAGGACAGUUAUGAAGUCAGCCUGCGUGUUAACUUCAUCUCAGCUGCUUCACAGAGAUCCAAGACGCUUCCAGGCGGACAUCUGAACGGAUCUGUGUCAGAGAUGCACAACCUCAGCGCUGUUAUGGAGGGCGGAAGCAGCUUAAUAACAGGCCUGACCAGUCUAAUGAGUGAGAAUGGGUCAGCAGCACCAGGGACAAGCGCUAAGAACCAGAGAAAGAGCCGCGUUUCAGCCAUAGGAGAACAAGCACCGGAAUCCAAAACCAGCUUGCUGCUAAAGGAGGUGGGGCCAGAGGGGCGGGGCCGAAUUUCAGUGGUGCAGCAGCUAUUGGAUGAGGGUGCCGACCCAUCAUGCCUAGGCAGCGAUGGACGCCCGGUCCUGGUUUCCGCAGUGAUUAACAGGCAUCAUGACAUCAUUCCCAUCCUGGUGCAGAAAGAUGCGGACGUCGACCAGCAGUCUGGACCGUCGAACAACACGGCCCUGCAUGAGGCUGCAGCUCUGGGGAACGAAGGCCUGCAAAGUGCGGAGAUCCUGCUUGGGUGCAACGCGAGCUUGAGGAAGCUGAACGCUGAGGGUCAGACGCCGUACGACGUAGCAGAACUAACAGGCUGCGACUCAAUGAUCUCCCUGCUGACAGCUCACAGGGGGCGGGGCCUAAACCAAACCCUCUCCAACGCCAGGAGCACCUCUGGACUCGACACGUUCUCAUAGCAUGUUUGCACAGCCAAAUGAAAUCCUCACAUCUGACUGGACUUACGGACUCAGGGGUAUUGCUAGCAUUUGUGCAUUGGCUGAAAACACUGAGGCUCUGUACCCACUUGUAUUUACACUCACUGUCUACUUUAUCAGCUCCACUGACCGUAUAAGAGCACUUUGCAGAUCCAACAUUACACUGCAGUCCAUAUGUUUCUGUGUACUUUGUUACGCUGUUCUUCAGUGGUCAGGAACCCCACAGGACCACCACAGAGCAGGUAUUUUUUGGGUAGUGGGUUAUUCUCAGCACUGCAGUGACACUGAUGUGGUGGUGUGUUGUGCUGGUCUGAGUGGAUCAGACACAGCAGUGCUGCUCGAGUUUUUCAUUCUCUAAAUCCAUCCGGGGUCACAGGACGCUGUUGUCUGGAUAGUUUUGGUUGGUGGACUAUUCUCAGUCCAGCAGCGACACUGAGGCGUUUAGAAACUCCAGCAGAACUGCCGUGUCUGAUCCACU